AUGGGCAAUUCACAAUCCUCGAUUGACAAGAUUGAAUCUGCCGUCGACAAGGGGCUUCGUAUAUACAAAUUAUUCAAGGAGUAUCAGAACAACCAAGAAGAGAUCCAUGUGGAAGACGGCCCUGAAGACUACCAUAGACUACGCGCUCUUGCAGGAGAGGAGGCACAAAAGCGAAAUCAGUUUUAUGAACGAAGCCAAGCAGCUUAUCAGGCAGGUGAUGGUGCUGAAGCCAAGGAACUCUCUGUACAGGGUCACAAGCAUGAUCGUGCGAUGAAGCAUUACAAUCAACAAGCAGCUGAUUUGAUUUUUGCCGAGAAGAACAAGGGUCGAUCACCAUAUGAAAUUGAUCUCCAUGGUCUAUUUGUCAAGGAAGCAGCUGAGAAGGUGGAUGAAGCAUUGAAGCGGUGUGAGCGUGAGGGGCAAGAUCAUUUGGUGAUUAUUGUUGGCAAAGGACUUCAUAGCCCAGAUCAUAUUGCCAAGCUCAAGCCAGCUAUUACAGAGAUGGUAAAACGAUACAAUGUAUCUUGUGAGCCCAAUCGUCCCAAUCCUGGAUGUCUCUAUGUUGAGUUUGGUAAAGGCACUGGUGAUUUGUCUUGGUUGGAUCGAUUUAGUUCCAAGUUAGAUAAGAAGAUGAAUGAUGAAUGUAUGAUCAUGUAA